AUGGCGGAAUUCGUUGGUUCACUCUUCGGAGGUGGAAAGGAUCAGGCUCCUGUGGUUGCGUCUGAUGACGACUUCGCAGACUUCGCAACCCCAUCUGUGGCAACACCCUCACCAGUUGCUGCCGCAUCGGUAUCUCCUGUGUCAUCAAUUGCAUCUUCGCCAACUGGUCUCCCGGUGUCCAAUGGCCCUUGGUACGUAGUGUGGGAGCGUGCUGAGCUCAGCGACUUCAAGUUUGAAGGCUACGUUGCGCUGCUGUUGCUCUUCGUCAUUGGUACUCAUGUCUGGGGUACCCGCCGCAACCGAGCAAUUGCAAAGAAAUUUAUUUCUUCAAUCACGCCGGUCCUGACACAAGAGUUCGCAUACGUUGGGUUCAACCAGAUCCCAAGGGCGAACACGAUCAACACUAGUCCUACCGGUGAAUUGGGUGUCGCAAAGGAUUUCAACCCCGAGUUGGCCAUCAAGGAAAACCAUGCGCUCGAGUUCAUCUCAUAUGCCUCCGGACGUCAGAACAUCGCCUUUAUGCACACCACCAUCAAGCUUCAGCGCCGUAACAACCCCGUUGCCUGGAUCGGCGAACUGUUGUUUUCCUUCUUCCUCGAUAGCGUCCCCGACCCGACUGACAGUGCUACCAUCACGAUCUCUCCCUUCGACGGACAGGAUGCUGGCAAGCAGGGCGGUGGACACAACAGCAAAUUUGACAAUUUCGUCUGGGCCCUUGUGAACAAGCGUGACAUGAAGAGAUGGCGCGACGAACGUUAUGAUCUCUCUUUGACCACUACUAAGGAUUGGGAAGGUCUUCCGAGCUGGCUUGCGGUUAUGAGCGAGAGCAAGGAGAUUGGCGACACUGUUUUGUUCAAGGAGCUUAAGGAUGCCGUCAUUGACUGCCAGGAUGUUUUGGAGUACUUGAUCGUCACCGACCAACCUGUUGACAAGCCCAUGGAACUCAAAGAAACCGUCCCCAAGAAGCGCAUCUCCCUCAAGCUUACUCUUCCCUCUUCUGAGAAGUCUGCUGCUGCGAUCCCUGCACUUAUAUCCGCUUUUAUCCGUCUCGUCGAUCACCUUGUCCUUACCGCCCAUUUCCGUCCUGAAGUUCUCCGAAAGGUCAAGUCCGUUCGUGACGAGGAGAUUCGUAAGCUCCAAAAGAUCGCUGAUGAGGAAAAGGCUGAGGAGCGCAUGAUGAAGCGUGAUGAGGGGAAGAAGAAGGAGCGUGAGGAGAAGCUAAGGAACAUGAGCGCCGAGGACCAGAAGAAGUUCCUUGAGAAGGAGCGAGAAAAGGAGGGAAGAAAAGCCGCCAAGAGACAGAUGAAGAAGGCCUAA